UAGUUUUGGAUCGACGUUGGAAAAGGGGUUCGCAGUUCGUUUCACGUACAAAUAACCCGGGCGUGAUGGUGAAGCCGAAGACGAACGAUCGGCGAGUAAGUCCUUAAAAACAUCCCGAUUGCCAUCUUCGAACCAUCAGUUAUGUGAUAAAAUCAAACGAUUGAAACCCUACGCCAAGGAAGGAAUAGAGUAGGAAAGUAGGUGAUAUGAUUUGAUAUGCGGGGUGAAGGGGACAUCCCUACGAUAUUCAACCCACACAGGGUGAGGGCGCCUCCAAAUUUGGUCAUUACGUCUGACUCGUCACCUAGAUCGGGGAGCGUCCCCAAUGGUCCUUUCUCAAGGCCAUUGCAAACAUUGCAGCACAAUGAUUCUAUUACAGGAAGCCAACAGGAUGGAUCUGAGACUCCUGUAGCGAGGCCAGCUGGAGCGAUCGGAAAGCUGAAGAGCUGUACAAGAUCAUGUUGCUCAAAGUCAGCCAGAAAAAUAUACAGUGGAGUAUGCGUUACAGUUUGUGUAACAGCAUCUUGGGUCGGAGCAACCCACUGUAUAAAAUACAUGUAUAUACCAUAUACAUCAACCACAACUACUAUAAUCAAUGAAACAACAAUAGAAAUGACUCAAAAACAAAUUAUAGUGUAUAAUGCUCCAUUUUUUACCACGUGGUUUUGUACAAAUUGGACUAUACUUUUUUUCCCGUUAUAUUUCUUUUGUCAGUUAAUUGUAAAUCGUUGUAAAUCAACGACAGACAUACUUAGUGAGAGUGUUAGGAAUUUUAGAGAAAAGGGUUUCACACUAGGGAGGUUUAUGACAAGAGUAAGUCUAUUCUGCCUUCUGUGGGUCGCAACCAAUUAUAUGUACAUACAUUCGCUUAGGAUACUAUUAGCGACGGACGUAAUGGCGUUGUUUGCUUCGAAUGUGGCCUACGUCUAUCUGUUAUCGUGGGUAAUUUUGCAUAAGCAGUUUGUGGGGGUCAGGAUUGUAGCAGUGAUAUUAUGUGAUACGGGUACUGCUCUAUUGGCCUACAUGGAUGGGAUCACGGGCAGUCCUACUUUAAGUGGUGUAGUUCUAGCAGCAGCAGCUGCUGCUGGUUCUGCUGUGUAUCAGGUUUUAUUCAAAAAAGUAAUUGGUGAUUCUAACUUUGGUCAAGUUGCUCUUUUCUUCUCAUUGAUUGGCCUUUUCAACGCUACUUUCUUGUGGCCACUCUGCCUAGCUCUUUAUUUCACUGGAGUUGAAGUUAUCUACUGGGAAUAUCUUCCAUGGACAGCGCUUCUUGCUGCUAGUGCUUUGUCACUCGCUGCCAACCUACUGGGAAAUUUUAGCGUAGCAUGGACUUAUGAUCUCUUUAUAACACUUGGUCUCAUAACAGCCGUUCCUGUCUCCGCAGCUCUUGACGUUGUUCUUUACGGGGCGCAAUUCCUCGGCAUGAAGCUUGCUGGAAUGAUUUUAAUUUCAAUCGGUUUCUUCUUAGUCAUGUUUCCAGAUAAUUGGCCUACAUACAUCACUAGACUUCUAAGAAACAUCAUCCUCUUGAGUCAUAGUGCAAGGUGGAGCAGGCGUCACGGGCAAGGGCUGCAGGCAAACCAGCAAAGAACCGAACUCGACUACAGAACCGGUCUGAUCAGAUCGCAUUUGAGGUCGCCCUCCGGGAGAGUCAGAUGACCAGAUCCUGACCACUCAGACAACAAUGAUAUUGAAAUUAUUGGGUAGAUUAGGUAAUAUUUUUGGAAUCUUUCGAAGAGUCAAUUUCUAAUUGAGAAUAGAUAGAAUUUGUCAAUUAUAAAACUGAAUACCACAAUUAAUCAAACUUUUUUUUUACUAUCUUGUAAAGCACUGGAAUACAUACUGUAUGACCACAACCUCAAGGCAAACAAUUAUCGUAGGAAUAAGCUAGCUUCUUAUCCAUUUCUUAUGAUUCAGCUUAUCGUGCAAACAAAUUAUAAAGGAAUUAUUUUAAGUUUGCACAAAAAAGGGAUUAAACGAAUAAUUAAAAAAAAGAAAAACAGGGAUUAGUCAUUUUAAUUGUUAAAAUAUGUUCUUUAAAUAAAAUUCUGAUAUGAUUAUUUUAUAUUGUAUGAUUUAGUCCGUCCUUGUAUUUGUACUAUCUGUCGAUGUAUGAUGUGAUAUUAUGUUUUAGAAUUAUCCAAAAGGAGGGUGUAAGUAGCAUUUCAUAUUUUGUAACAGUUAUUGUUAGAUUGAUUUAGAAAGAACAACCAAAUGUCAAUUGUGUCAAUUUCUCUAAAUUAAAUGUAACGCAAUAAAUGUGGGAAUAUCUUUCACAUGUUUUAUUUAAUAAUCAAGGCAUUGUUUAACGACUAAACAUUCAUUUUGUAUAUUAUCAAUGUAAACUGCCUAGUAUGGAAAUUACAGUUUUAUAUGACAACAUAGUUAUAAUUCCCGAUGUGUUUUAUAUGGUGGUUAACUGUUAAAAAUGUUGUGUCAAAAAAACAAAAAACAUUAAAAAAAUAUGUUCUUUAUAGUCGUCUUUCAAAAAAGAGUAGAUUAUAUGUUGUGUAAUAGGAAAAUAAAGUGUAUCACUACUUAUUAUUAUUGAUGUUGUGUAUAGCCCAAGACUACUUGGGUAAAUAAAGAAAUA